AUCAAGAAAAACAAUUAAAUUAAAUAAAAACUAUUUAAAAAAAAAAAAAAGGAUGACAGAUUCUAAGGAUGCCUUGGAACCAGUAGCUUUACAAGCUCCAGUGACCUUAGAAAGACCACUCCGUGCAGACCUUGAGACCUCCCUUCCCAAACCAUACAUGGCAAGGGGAGUGGCUGCACCAGAUAUAUAUCAUCCAGAAGGAAGCAGGGACCACAAACAUCACCAACUCAGUGUUCUUCAACAGCAUGUUGCUUUCUUUGACAGGGAUAACAAUGGCAUCAUUUACCCUUGGGAAACUUAUGCAGGUUGCAGAGCAAUUGGGUUCAAUGUGAUUAUGUCACUGAUCCUUGCUGUUACUGUUAAUGGUGUUCUUAGUUUUCCUACUCUCCCUAGUUGGAUACCAUCUCCUUUCUUUCCAAUCUAUAUCUAUAACAUCCACAAAGGUAAACAUGGCAGUGAUUCUGGUACUUAUGACACUGAAGGAAGGUAUAUGCCUGUGCAAUUUGAGAACAUCUUCAGUAAAUACUCAAAAACAGUGCCAGAUAAGCUGACAUUCUCUGAGCUAUGGCAGAUGACUGAAGGACAACGUCUUGCUUAUGACUUCUUUGGAGGGAUAACAGCAAAGUUGGAGUGGUUGCUUCUUUAUGUGCUUGCUAGAGAUGAUGAAGGUUUCUUGUCUAGAGAGGCCAUGAGACGUUGCUUUGAUGGAAGUUUGUUUGAGUACUGUGAAAAGCAACAAGAGUCAUACAACAAAGUAUGGUAAGAGUAAUAGAGAUGAGCAUGUUCAUGUAUUAGUUUGAAGUUUGUGAGAAUGUUGUGCUCUGUGUGUUUGUCUGUGUUGAUCUUUGAACUCUAAUAAAGACUCUGUUUUGUUGCUUUAACUGUGGUUAUUUGUAACUGCAGAUAAAAA